CCCCAGGAGGUCGCUGUGAGUCAGCAUUGACUCUGUAGGCAGCAAGUUUGGUUUUGGAAUGAACCCGUUGUGGAAAAGAAAUGGUUAUUUUCUUUGGUCCUCAGUAAAAUUUACCUGCUUUAAGUCGGAAGAUAGCUCUUUACAGAACGUUAAACUCACUUAAUGGUUAAAGAAGCUGUAGUUUAUCCGAAUUUUUGGUGUUGACUAAUAAACCAUCGAGCUCAUAAUUCUGUUUUGUGCAGUUUAUUGUUGUCUUUAGAUUGGACUCCCUGAGACCCAUUCAUAGACUCGGGUGUGUGAACCAGCAGUUAGAAUUGAUGUAGAGGGAGACAUGAGAGGAGGCACACGCUUUGGGUUCACUUUCCUUUGAAUCCACGCCCCCACAUUGACCGCUCUAGUGUCUUGGACUAAGUUAUCUAAGCAAUUGGAACCUCAGCCUCAUAUACCAGUUAAGGUGGCACUAAUACAACUGGAAAGAUCUGGAAGCUUAAGUUGACAGAUGGAAAUUGCUGUACUAUUCUGCCUCAGAGAACAAACUCAUCUAUUGUAGACCUAGCCUGGGUCGCUGCCUUUGCAACAACGGAAGGUCGGUAGAACAUCAGCUACAGCACAGCAUGGAAUUUCCAGCGAGGUCUUACUUCAAAACUGUAUAAAGAAGCAGAACUGCACGGACUUCUGCCAGGGAGACUGAACCAGCCUUAGUUUAAGGAAAAGGAUAAUGUGUGACCAACCAGUCAGGAACACUAACGAGGUCAGGUGGCAGAAGGUCUUGUAUAAGCGACAGCCAUUUCCUGACAACUACGUGGAUCAGCGGUUCCUGGAAGAGCUUCGGAAAAACAUCUAUGCCCGGAAAUACCAGUACUGGGCGGUGGUGUUUGAGUCCAGUGUGGUGAUACAGCAGCUGUGCAGUGUGUGUGUGUUUGUGGUUAUCUGGUGGUAUAUGGACGAGGGUCUGCUGGCCCCUCUCUGGCUCUUUGGGACCGGCCUGGCUUCUUCCCUGAUUGGCUAUAUUUUGUUUGACUUCAUUGAUGGAGGUAAAGGGCGGAAGAAGAGUGGGCGGACACGGUGGGCAGACCUGAAGAGCGCGCUGGUUUUCAUUACUUUUACAUACGGGUUUUCCCCAGUGCUGAAGACCCUGACAGAAUCUGUCAGCACCGACACCAUCUAUGCCAUGUCAGUCUUCAUGCUGUUAGGCCACCUCAUCUUCUUCGACUAUGGUGCCAACGCCGCCAUUGUGUCCAGCACACUGUCCUUGAACAUGGCCAUCUUUGCCUCCGUUUGCCUGGCCUCCCGCCUGCCGCGGUCCCUGCAUGCCUUCAUCAUGGUGACGUUUGCCAUCCAGAUUUUCGCCCUCUGGCCCAUGUUGCAGAAGAAACUGAAGGCAUGUACUCCUCGCAGCUACGUGGGGGUCACGCUGCUCUUUGCGUUUUCCGCCUUGGGCGGCCUGCUGUCCAUCAGUGGUGUGGGAGCCGUCCUCUUUGCUCUUCUGCUCGUGUCCGUCUCGUUCCUCUGCCCUUUCUACCUCAUUCGCCUGCAGCUCUUUAAAGAAAACAUUCACGGGCCUUGGGACGAAGCUGAAAUCAAAGAAGACUUGUCCAGGUUUCUCAGCUAAGUUAGGGCUCUCCUGAGUCCGUUAUUAAGGCAAGCCAGUACACCAGCCUCCGAACUAGUAUAAGGCUUGAGGACCGUGUUCCGUCCUGGACGUAGCGUGCUGAUGCGGGAGGGAGAGCAGAGAUCAAAAGCAAAAGUUAACCAAAGGCUGACGUGGUGGAGGCCCCUUUCCAUUCUUCAAUGUGUGGAUGACAAAGCUUCCUGGGCCCUCUUGAAUGAUUGCUUCUUAUUUAUUAUUCACUGUAACAGAUGAAGUGAUGUGGCUCCUAUUUAUUAAAAAACCAACAGCA